GAUCAUUUAGAAGACUAUAAAUGCACAAAAACAUUCCGCUAUAAUCCCACAGGAUAUUAUACUUACUUUGAUUUACAAUUAGCAAUAAAUCUAGGUCUUCAUAUAGAAUUAUCAACUAAAAGACCUAAUAUAUUAAUAUAUAAGGAGA